UCUGGGGGUUAUGGUUUGUCAACUGAAAAGUGGCAAUACCUUUCUGCGAAGCACCUACCUUUAUUGGUCAGGGUUGAACAAUUGGUGUCAACAUGCUGAGCUUUUCGCCGGUCCCUAGGCGUAAGGGGAGGUUGCUGCCUUAUGGGCAACAUGCUGGAAUGUGGUUUACCAUUCUAUGAGGCCUUAGGGCUUACGACGGAUAACCAGCAUGGGCAGCCUUAGGGAGAGUGUAAGAUUCUCCCAAAACCACUUGCAGCGGGCGUGGAAACCCGACUGAGAUCUGUAUUCCCCCCUCCCUACCUGCUGAGAGAGAGCAGGAGGACGCUGACACGAAGCACGACCAAUGGACCCUGUAGUAUAGCACAUACCCUUUUCUUCGCUCUGAAAAGAGCCAGCUGAAAAGCUGUUAUCUAAUCCCCUCUGCCGUAGCCAUGCCGAAAGCCAAACCUUUCAUUGUCACCGCCAAGCACGAGCCGACAGGCCUGCUUGAGCGUAUCACCAUCCACAACACGCACAAGUUCGAUGACGUUGGCAAACCUCGCCGAAUUGUACGCCCCACCAUCAAGCCACUCAUUCGCCGCCCUUUCAACCCUGAACGCGCUGAAAAAGCGAAACACGACAUCAAGGAGCUUGCACUUCGCGCGCAUCUCUUCAAGAAGCAACAGUUGCUCGAUCGUAUCUCCGACCCUGCUCCCCCUCUCAUCGAUCGCAUCGAUAUGCAGGCGGGACCCUCCUACAAAUACGAACCACCCAAGCCGCUCCCCGACAUUCACUUCCAGCGCACAAAGAUUCUGCUGCGCACAUCCGAGUACAACGAGAUGUUUGCCGCUACAGCCGACAGGCUGGAGCCAGUGUUCGCUCGGAUGGAAAAGGAAGAAGGAAACUUGGAGCCGGAAGUUGUGGCGAAAGUCAGGAGGAUGGGCAAUGGGUUCGACGAGUUGUAUCAUGGGCUGGAGAAGAAGGCGCACCGGCUUACCAACAGGCACUGGAGAGUUAUCAAGCGCGACCUGAAAAGGAUCGGGCAUGUCUCCUUUGAAGACUUAAGCAGUCACCUGCCGGAGAUUUGUAAUGAGUUGGCUAGCCUAAACAUCACCUUCAAGUACGAAGUGUAGAUAGUGGAAUAAAGAUUGGCAAUCUUUCUGGCAU